GCAUCCGCUAUAUUAUAAAAUAGAAUAAGAUGUGACAGGUUUUCUAACUUUGUGGUAGGUGUAGGAAAUCUGAUGAAUUAACAAAUGGCUCCUGGUUUUUGGUUUUAGAUCGAUUGUGUUAACGGUAGCAAUGUUACCUGGGAUGUUAGCUUAGCGGCGCAGCUAAACGCUAGCUAGCAUCACUUGCUGGACGUAUUUUUUCAUGGAAGAGAUUCCCUUACAUCAGCGACUGAGCGAAAAACAUUAAAUUAAGAAAAAGUGUGUGCUUACACACGAAAUAUGUUAUAUAAGGUUACCCUUUAGCUAAAAAGCGUCAGGAGUAUGUCAAGCGUUGUUUAAUUUAGCUAAAAUAGUCUUUGUGAUGUGAACUGGAAACAUCGAAAAUGACAAGGGCAAAAAUACACCAGACAUUAUAAUCAAGUCAGUAAAGACGCAUAACAAAAGCUAUUUUAGAGAUUAAUUGAUCGAGUUUCUGUUUGAACGUGAUCAACUUGAAUGUCGUUUUCAAAACAUGUGUGAAUUGGAAGACGUGACUCAUGAACCUGACCUUUGUCUUCCAGGAAAUUCCAGUGAACAGAUACUGGAAGUAGGAACCUUAUUGUUAAAGGACUUCAUCUUCGAGCGGGUCCGCCGACAUGGAGGAGCCGAUGCUGUAGUGUUGAGGGAAGAGCUGGGUGCAGCAGAGCUGUGUGACCCGAAUCAUAAAAAACUUGCUCAGUGCCUACAGCAGAUCGGAGAUGAGCUGGACUCAAACACAGAGCUACAAAGGAUGAUAAAUGACUCGGCUCUUACUCCCUCAAAAGAGGUGUUUGUAAAAGUCGCCUAUGAGAUCUUUUCAGAUGGAAGAUUCAACUGGGGCAGGGUGGUGGCGCUGUUUUACUUUGCCUGUCGACUCGUCAUCAAAGCUCUCAUCACCCACAUCCCUACGCUUAUCAGAACCAUCAUCAGCUGGACUUCUGACUACCUUCGGGAUCACGUGAUCAACUGGAUCAGAGAACAAGGUGGCUGGGAGGGCAUUCGUUCCCACUUUGGCACUCCCACAUGGCAGACGGUGGGCGUUUUCCUGGCUGGGGUUCUUACUACUGUUAUAGUCAUUCGCAGGAUGUGAGGGCCGUUCAGAGAGCAGCGCGGAGAGCGAUGAGCAGAGCUGUCACUGAAGGAGCAUGAGCAAAGAAAGGAGAUCACUGGGUCGACUGAGGGACGACAUGGCAGAGGGAAGAACAGGAACUCCUUAAUGGAGCGCCGCGCUUCGUCUCACAUCGGAGUAGGAAACUGGGAGUUUGACCGUUGUGCCCAUGAUCACCAUUGCUACUGACUAAGUGAGCUGUGCACGAUUACUUGUGCAAAAUCAGAAGGAGGAUAUGAGACUUUAAAGAAGAGGGCGAAUUUUAUUAAUUUAUUUUUUACUUGGUACAAAGUCAUUAAGCUCCCUCUUUGGCUAUAAAACCUGAUAAAUCCCGAUUUUAUUUUAUUUUUUUGCAGUUCUGUGUCUUUCAAGUCAUUUAACAUUUCGGACCUUUCCACCAUUCACCUCAUCAUUAUGUCCGUAUGCCAGCAAAGCUUUAUUCACAUGUGUUGGUGAGUAGCCACUGGUUUAGCAUCUUUUCUAGUCCAGUGGCUAUGAGCAUAUUCAGUGGUGGUCACAUUCAUUGUAAUGUGAUGUUUUUGCAGUUGAUUAUGAAUCUGAAAAUUGUAUCUAUGUAGACGAAGUCCCCUUAAAACUGUUAAAACGAACAGCUCAUUAAAGCCCCCGUCUUCCCGUACACACACAGCUAGACUUUAGCUAACGGGGUAAUAAAAGUGCCACACCAGGAAGGAUUUGUUUACAUUUAACAGUAAUAAUUAUAUUAGUAAAAUUCCAGCAAAUGUCAAUAGAUCUAUCAAAACUGUUCCUGCUGGGGUGUUGUGACUGCCAUAACCUUAAUGUGGUCCCCAGUUUAAAAACAAGUUGUGUGCUGGUUUUGUAGAAGAAUGAAGCCAUGUGUGGAGCAGAUGUUGGCUUUCACCUAUGAAACAAGUGGUGCUGCGUACACAGGAAGCAGUGGGCGGCUCAAGGGUGCUUACCUCACUUUUACACGUUCAGAGUACUGUAUUUUUACACCCGUUUUCAGACUGCUGCCACACGGUCUGGGCAGAAAAAGGCUGAUACCUUCUCUUUUGUCGGUGCCUUGAUGUCCUUUUCUAAAAUGAUGAAAUCAUUUUGAUAUUCAAGUUUUCACCUUUUCUAUCACAUUUGUAAAAAUGAAAUUAGGUUUGGUCUUUGCAGUGACCUUUCAUGUUAUAAAAAUAAAUCAUUUAAUUCUU